AUGGGCCAGCCCUGUCGGAAUUUACUGUUUCCAGGGCACAAUCAUACCGUGCAGACUUCGGACGCACCGUCGUUCAUCUCCACCUACCACCGCACCGAGCAGAAGGGCCUCCCGAGGCACAUCCACUCUCCUUCCUGUGUUUCUGGCUGGCUCACAGCUGGCACCUUUGCCGCCAUUUGGGCCGAGGCCCACGGCCCAGAAAAUGAAGGAACCUAG